AAAAUCAAAAAGAAAUAGUUGACCUCUCUCAAAUCAAGCUUUGUCAUAUUAAAAAAAUUGAUUCUUCUGUACUAUUUAUUAAACAUUCAUUACCUGGAUAACCUAAUUUAAAUUGAUUGAUAAAUAGAAAAAUGAAAUGGUUUAAAGUUUGGAGCGCUGACAGGAGUCAGAAAAGGCUGAUGAAUUCCAUACCCAAUAUUAAUGCUUUGUUGCUAAAAGCAAGUGAAAUGCUGGGAUACCAAUGCACCACCUUAGUUUUAGAGGUGUGCGGAACUGUUAUAAAUGAUGAUUCAUUCCUAGAAGCGUCAUCAUUAAAUGAAAUAUUCAUGGCUCUGCAACAACAUGAAUUUUGGACUCCCUCAAUAUUAGUUAAUGAGGAUUUAAGUCAACAGAGACUGAACACUUCAAUCGGUGUAUUAAAUGACCGUGAAACACUUGCCAGCCCUGAUUCGUCCUUUAAUCAGAUAUUUUUGCUUGAGCCUCAACCAUCGACUUCUCGUUCAUUUUCAUCAGAAGAAGUUCGUCAGGAAACAUCCACGCCAAUUGGAAACAGCGGAACAAGUAAGCGGGCUCUUAGAGAGAAGUUUUUAGGAUAUGCUGGUGUGGUUAUUCCAUGGAGCCGACUUGAUUCUGACUGCUUGAACGCUUUGGAGGAAAAGAAACGUCUUUCCGCAACACAAUUAACUAAGGUGUGUCAGAUGGUAGUCGAUGAGAUUCGACUUACUGGGUACUAUGUACCAUGCAAAGUAUUCCACGAAACCGCCAAAAGCAUGUGCCAGCAAUUUCCUGAUACCUUCAUUGAAAAAGACGAUGAUGAUAUUAUUAUUGGAAAUGGAUACUUGGGAUUGGCAGAGAAACUAAGAAACAGGAACAAUUAUUUAAAUCAACCUCAUAAAACCAAGUUUGACGACCAAUUGCUGCACAAACAAAUAAAGACUUUGAAAGCAGACAAUAACGCAUGUUCCGGGAACAUCAAUAAUCAACCGAAUAUCUUCAGUCAAACAGAUGAAUCACUCAACCCACUCAACGAUGGAGAUAGUUUUGCUCUAAUUAGACGGGACAUCAAUGAAAAAAUGGAACUUACAGAGUUGCUCAACAAGUGGGAAAUUCUAAAGACGAAAGAUGGACUCUUCGAACACUUUAAGAAUCUAACAGAAACUGACAUCCAAACUAUGACUCCAAAGCUCAGGGAUAAAUACAGUAUGAUUUACUUUGCAUGCAUGAAGGAAGAAUUCGAAGGAGAAAAAGACCUGGAGAAAUUGAUAAAAGCGAUUUGCCACUAUUUCAAGGAAGAUGCUGACACAAUUUUGCAACACCGAGAGAUCAAUUCGCAAAAUCUCAUGACGGCACAUCCUGGGGUUUAUAUUAUAGAAAACACAGGAGAUCACAUGAUAUUCUACAAAGGGCAGGAGAUUCAGAAAGGAGCAAAUAUCUGGGAAGCGUUUGAAAUAAUGUUCGCAAUGUAUUACAUUUUCAAUGAAUGCUUUCCCAGAGAGAUUGCUUGCACACUGGAAUUUUUCCAGCGAUACGUGUUAAAAAUACAUCCAACAGAUGGAACAAAAAAUAUGAAAAGAAGUGUGUCCAAAUGUAAUAUGAAAGUUUUGGGCUUAAUGAAGAAAAUAAAAAAAUAAUUUUUUGUGAACAA